UGCCUGAAGCGCUGGAUGCGCCCCUACAUCUGCCUCAUGGAGUUGCCAAUCAACCGACCUGGAAGCGGGAACCUGCUGCUGGGACUCACCUCCGUGGUGGGUCUCAUUGGAGGCGCCUAUCUGCUGCAGUGUGGCGCCCAGCAGCUCUUGGGCAAACUAGCGAAUAAGAAGUGGAGGAAGGAGGAGUCUAGCGAGGAUCACGCCUGCAACGUCUGCUGUGCGGACCUGGAUCUGGGCAGUGCCAAAAACUACGUGACAUGUUGCACCUGCGGAAAAUCGGUUUGCCGCGGGCCCAAGUGCUCUGACUGGCGGCCCAAGGACGCCAAGUGGGAGUGCCAGCUAUGCCAAAGCUCCAAGGAGUCGCUCGCCCACACCUCCUCGUGGGUAGCCGAGCAAAUGUCCUUCAACCGCCACAAGUUCGUCUAUCCGAUGAGGGCCAGGAGUGAGGUGUACAUACCGAUUGUGCGCGAUGGCAACGACAGCAGCAUUCAAUUCGAAAGCGUUAGCCAGAUUGGUCAUACCGCCCACAUGGACGAACGGGCCAAGAUCAGGGAGUACGUGGAGCAGAUUGUGGCCGAAAUGCUGGGCGACAAUUUGGACCACGUCAAAGUGGGGCAGCUGUCCAAAAGUGAGAACUACUUGCAACUCUUUGAUAAGUUCCAUGCGAAGCUGAGUAACCUGCUUAUCAAUUUGGAAAACAGUUUGUUCGCGCUUGCGCUCAGGGGAGAUCUUCCGGCCAUCGUAAAUGGCCAUAGCAACAAUAAUAAUAAUAACAACAAUGCCGAUUCCGAGCUGGCGGACCUUUCGCAGACCCGACUACGCAGUCUUAUCGAGACGAUCAUAGCGGAGACCUUGCGGAGCUCCUCCCUCAGCGUCAGCGGAGCCGUCUCGGAGAUCAGCCUGGACACCAGAUCCCACGUGUCCGAGCUGGCCAACGGAAACGGGCUGAAGCGGCGCCAUCGCACCGAGCACUACUUCGAGCCGAAGAUCUAUCAGGAUCUGCUGGCCACAGCGGUGCUAAAUAAGAUUGCGGAUAAGGAAGGGAAUACAAGGCUGGUGGCGGAGAGUACUCCGGACUUGAGUGGUCGCCACAUUGACGAGAAUUUCAAUGCCGAAGCGCUGAGCACCACGUCCGGAAGCUCCAUAGAACCACGAAGUGAUUGCAGCCUCACCGAUCAUGAAAUCGGACUGGAUAAUGGCAAAUCCCAAUCCCUGCAAGCGGACUUGGAAAGGGAAUCUGUCCUUAGUGAUUAUAUAGCCGCACACAUGGUGCCACUGCCAGACUUUUCAGCAUCCGUGACCGAAUCCGAGGAUGAUAUUGGAUCCAUCACCUCGGGCAUGAUCGGUGAUGGAAACUGGGAGGACAACUGGCUGUUCAAGAAGAAACGCAGCUCGGCGACUCAGAGCAGCGUUGGCAUGCUAGUGCCGGCACCAAGGGAGAAUGUACGUGCCCAGAUUGGGGACAAGACCACCGAUGAGGUGAGCGAUCUCUCGGAGAUCGGUUCGGACAUCGAGGAGAGCUCUCUGGAUCUGCUGCGAUGCAACGAUCUCAACGAUCGUCUCCUGAGCCAGCACCUUAUUGGUGGCCAAAACACUAAGAUGGUCCUCGACGAGCUCGUCGAUCGCACCAGUCUCACGUCCCACACAUUGCUGGAAGAGAAUGAGCCCGCAUUCACAGAGACAACCAAUGAGUUCGUGGUGUCCCCGAUGGCAGUGCCUUCCGAUAUUAAGGCGCCAUCUCCGACGCCACCUCCUCCACCAAUGAUAUUCCAGGACGACUUGUUGAACGAGGAGCCAGACCAGACUCCCAUUGCAGCCCAAGGCGAAUCCGAGGAGCUGGCCAGCCUCGAUGGCUGUACUGGCUUUAGCACAGUCGAGUACAUCGAUGAAGGACAGAUGCACGAAACCGUGCCAUCGGUGAUCGAGAUCUUGGCGGCCAUGGCGCUGGGACCUAUGCUAGCUGUUCCAGCAUCUGAACAGCCUGGGGGCAUGACACCCAGUGAGAUGCACACCCUCAAAGAACUGAGUGACUUGGCCCUCGCUGAGAUCAACGCUCGCACAGUGGAGCUGGUGCAGGCCCACUCACUGGACAUAAUUGAAGAGGAGAACACAGAGCCUUCAGAAGCUGGCCCAGAGCAGCACUUUGAAUUGGUCCAACAGCCACCGCUCGAAGAGAUUACCGACCAAAUAUCCCCAGGAGAACAGGAGUGCCUUGUUCAAUUGGAUGUGCUACCACCUCCACCACAAUUAAAGCUUAUAUCUGAGAUUGAACCGCCGCCGCCAAUGGAACUGGUCGAAGAUACUGAUUCUCUGUAUCCUGCAGAAGUUGUCCCCGCACUAGCGCCUGUAGAAAUUCGUCCAGAGAUGAAAACCGAUGAUGUUACUGCUCUGGAGUCCGUGAAAGUCCCAGAAAUAACAUCUACUUUGGAUAUUGUCUCAGAAGAGCAAUCUUACGUAGAAGCAAUAAUAACAGCUCCAACAACAGAAUCUGAAGUUGUCCAUGUGGAAACUGUUCCAGAAAUACCAGUGCCCUCUGAAAUCGUCGCAAAUACCGUUGUAAUUGCUUAUUCUGAGCUUCACUCCUUGGAUCCACCAGAAGUAAUACAUUUGGAUUCGCUGAUCUUGGAGCCGCCAGAUCCAUUGGAAAGCGAUCCUGAAACUGUGACAACUCAAGAACAUCGAUCUGAGGACCUACCAUCAUCUAUGAAGCUCAAUCACAGCCUUGAAACCGGUUUCAUCACAGGGGAUUCGACAGAAAAUUUAUUAGAAAAAAUUCCAGAAAUGAUGUCAGAGCCCAUAGCAGCGGCACAACCUGAGCCUAGUCCCAUACCUGUCCCAGUAGACAGUGGUACACAAGUGGAUAACCUAGGAACUAUUGAAGUUGAUUCACUUGCGACAUCUGUCCCAAUGGAAACCGUUUCAGAACCUAAAACAGUGGACGCCCAAUUGCCUGUGGAAGCUGAUGACCUUACUCAAUCUGCUCCUGUGAACUCACCAGACCCAUUAAAAAUUGGUUCAGAGACUCAUCCUAUAUUAAUGCCAAUAGAAUCUGAGCCUCAAAAUAUUGCAAUCGAUUCAUCACCACCCUUAGAACCCGUGGAAUCAACUGCUAUAGGAGGUGCUACAGAGGAUUCACUACAGUCUGUAUACACGGAGCUGCCACCGCCUGUGGAAAAUUCGGUCUUUGAAGGGAUUCUUAGAGAAGCAACAUCUGGCGAUGCGAAUGGCUCUGAAGCUGUUGAUGUCAUAAUAGGAACAGACUCUAUCGCAGGAAAGCAGCCGCAAACUGAUGAAACUGCUAACCCAUCAGCUUCUGUGGAAGAAAUUUCAGAAAAUCAACCAGUUGCAUUAGAUGUCAAUGUUCCAGAACCGCAAUCCAUUUCAGAAGAAGUCGUAUCGGCAAUUGAAACGAUAAGUUUACCACAUCCUUCCGAUGUUAACGUGGUGACUUCAGUGUCUUCAGGAGUUACACAACCUGCCCCAGUUGAACCAUCAGAGCCCGUCAAUAUCGAUUCGCAAAUACACAAUGUCCCAGUUAAUUCACCUGAGGGACGUGAAUCAGUUCCUGAAACAAACAUUUUGAAUCUUCAACUCGAAAAUAACCCGACAAUUGAGCUUCAAGAUGAUUUACUCACAACGUCGCAAUUGAUUCCAGAGUCUGAAUCUUGUGCAAUUAAUCCCCAAGCAUCACAGCCUGUUGCAGUGGAUCCCUUACCGGUUGUAGAAGAUGUUACGGACGUAGUUGCUUUGGAACCCCCAUCGCUUGUGGCAACAGACCCAGAAACCCAAACCAUGGCAAUAGAAAGCCUUGAUCCUAUAGAAACGAUACCAGAACCAGAAUCUAUUAUAAUAGAAAAACUUGCACCUAUCGGAAAAUUAGCUGAGGUGGAGUCCAUCGAUGUGGAAAACCAAAUUAAUCCGGAAAAUCAUAUUGGGCAGCAAACCAUGCCAGAAACACAAUCAACUGUCCCAAUGGAUGCUAUACAGCCUAUCGAAAUCGUUCAAGAAACACCAUGCAACACCUCAGAUUUGAUGGCCACCACUGAAGCUGUCGAUGUGGAACACUCAGAGCCUGGCGAAGAUGCUUUCUUAACUGUGAGAGAAGGACUGGAAUCCGACCUGCAUAAGUCGGAUUCACACGUGAUAGAACCACUAUCCAUGCCAUUACCAUUAGAAUUAUCUGUACCUGCAGAGGCGGUCGAUAUAGGACUCCCAGUAUCUGUAGAAUCGCUGACUCAAUAUGAACCUUCUGAGGCAGUUAUUCCAUCUGCCACUUUGUUUGAUAUCCAAUCACAAUCACUGGAACAACCAGUGCACGUGGUAAAUGCGGCUCAAAUGGAAAUUAAGGAAAUAGUAUCCCCUGCACCUGUGGAGAUUGUUUCUACCACAACAGAAGAUUUCCCCCAAGCUGAAUCCGUAGUGGAAUCCGAUAAACCUAUCCCAGCAGCAGAAGAAGUGCAAACCAUGGUCGAUUCAACAGCAGAUCUACAGAUUACACCUAUUGAAGAACGCCCCCAAACUUCGGAAACUUAUUCUGAACAUGCGAGAAAAGAAACCUCCGAGUCAGUGGAAAUGGGUUUGAGCACACAAAAUGAAGCUGUCCAAAUAACAACGUCGGUUGAAGUAACUUCUACGGCUACGGAUGAAGCACCCCCUGCAGCUGAAGAGAGAGAACCAAACGAAGCUGUAGAGAUGCUAUCGGUCACUGCUGAUACCACUCUCCCAGAAGAAACUGUUUCCCAAAAAAGUACUGUUGAAGCCCUAGAACCGCCCACAUCAAUAGAGGUUAAAUCAGAGGUAAAUGGCGACACGGGAUCUAAAGGAAAUGUAGAGGUCGCUGAACCACAAUCUAAAGAAGAUGAAAUACUUAUGAAGCCCAUCUCAAUGGAUGUUACAGAACAUGUAGAAGUCGAUCUCGAAUGUGUAGGCGUCAGAGCAAAUGUACCAGAGCUGGUGGAUCCUAUUCAAGAAUCGAAAUUAACUUUAGGUGAAAAUCCACCAGAUACGGAAUCCUUAGAGAGAGAUUCACAAAAAAUUACUGAUGCAGUGUAUGUGCAAGAAGAUAAUACGGAAGCCGAAGAAAAAGUGGAUACGUUAUCGACUACAGAAGUUGUUCCAGACAUAAUUGUCCUGAACCCCCCAUCGCUUGUGAAACUAAGCCCAAAAAUACAAGCAAUGACAACAGUUCCUUUGGAAUCAGAAUUAAUCGCAAUAGAACAACCAGUACCUGCCAAAAAUCAAGAGUCUAUUGCUGUGGAUAGUCCGCCUGUAGUAAUUGAUACCCCAGCUUCUGCAGAAGUCCUUUUCGAAAAUGAAGUUGCACCAACCCCGCAACAGAUUCCAGAGAACAAAGCCGAAUCAGUUGCAAUGGAAUCUAUUAUACCUGCAGAUGUGGUGUCUGAGCAGAAUUCUUGCGCUGUGGAACCAUUAACUUCUACUCAAGCCUCGCCAGUUAAAGUAAUAGCUUCUGAACCAUUUGAUACCGUUGUUAAACCAGUUGCAGAAGCUCAAACGCCAACUACAGAAAAUUCAACGAUGGCGGAAAUAACACAAACUUUGGAAACUAACCUAGAUACCGAGAUUGUUUCUGAGGACCUUAUCCAAGUUGAUCCAAAGGAACUAUCUGCUCAUGUAGAACCCGUUUCUAAAAUCGAAGCUAGCUCUGGGGAUCCACAAGAAUCAGCAAAGGAUACGACACAAGUCGAAGAUAUUUUAGUCGUUCAGGCAACCCUUACUCAAGUUUCAGUGACUAAUUCAGUCGCAGUGAAUCCAUCUGUUCCUGUCGAGCAAAGCGAAGAUUCAAUAGGAGACCCACCAGGAAGUGCACAGAAUGUAUCAGAUGUUGUACCUGUUAAAGAGAAUCAACCGGCGUCUGCGGAAAUUUCUGUGACUGAUACUGUCGCUGUGGAACUAAAUGAUCCUGUAGAGCGAACCACAAAUCUCUCAGGAAACACAGAUUUUGUGGCAGAUACUGAAUCAUCAGGCGCAGAUAAUGAAAUCGGUGUGGACCCAAACAAUCCUGCAGAAUUUGUCCCAGUGAAUGUAGGCCCGGAAACCAAUCAACUGGAAAUAGAAACUUUAGAGGUAAAGGAGGAGUUAACAAUGGAAGAAUUGACGACCAUCGAUGGAAAACCAUCAUCAGUUCUGGAGCCCUUAGUGUCCGUAAACACGCUUUACCAAGAGGAAUCAACCAAUCUGAAUAGAGCACUACAAGAAAAUGUUGUUCCUCAGAAGGAAUCCGAUUCUAAAUCGUUACCAACCAAUGUAACCAUACAAAAACAACCUACGGACUUGGAGACCCAACCGUCUGUGAAACCUAUUCUAGAAGCUAAAACUCUAGACGUAGUAGAGGUGAAACCAGUUGCCGUGGAAACUUCGGCGGAGGAGAAGUCGCCUGAAAAUGAGAAAAUGGUUUUGAAUGUGGAGAGCACCAAUGGGAAACCCUUGCCUGCUGCUGAGUCCGUCAUUUUGGAGCCAGUAUUGUGCGAAGAAUCUAUUUCCGUAACGGAAUAUAUCAGUGUGGAUUCCGGUAACUUUGUUCCUCAACUAGACUCAGUACCUUUGUCGGCACCAGCCGCGUUGACAAUUCCAACAGAACCAAAGGAUUUGGAGCCGCGAGCUUGUGAGGAGCUUAUUCCAGAAUCGGUCUCAUGCACUGAUGAUUUACCAGAUCCUGCACAAGGUCUUUUACAAGAAGCUCCUGUGGAUAUGGAAACCCCAUCGGGCAUUCCAAUUGUUGCUGAUGAAUACCAUGAAUUUGAACCCUCUCCUGUGGAAAUCGUUCUACAACAUGCAGAUGCAAACACCAUAGCUCCUGUGGAACCUAAUACGAAACCAGAAACGGAAGGCGCAUCGCCUAUGGGUGCAAUAAGUACUCCAAAUCUACAAGUUGUAGCAUCGGUACCUCUAGAUUCAGUUCCUGCUGCACCAGUAAUGCCAGUGGAAUUUGUUUAUAAUAAGGAACAUCUGAAAGAGGAAACCAAGGAUGAGAGGGCAACCCCAGUGAGUUUGGGCCACGUGGAGCAAAAGCAGAGUAACGCUAAUGGAGAACCGCCACAUGAUGAAGAUAAUUUAAAGAGGGAUGAUGGAAUAUUAAACGAUGAAGAGGAACCAAUCAUUACAACGGCGAUUUCGAACUUAUCAAGUGAUGUCCAACUAGCCUGUAUAGACCAAGAAUUACAGGAAAUCGCAUUGGAUCCUGCCACAGAAGGUAUACACAGAAAUACAUCGUUAGACUCCACCAAUGGCGAUGGGUUUGCUUUAGGGAAAGCCACCCACAAGUAUCUGCGCAGACAGACGAACAUCCUAAACACACCACCGAGCGAUGCAGACUCGCCCAAAAGAUCCAAGCCAGUGAACCUCUUCGGAACCAUUUGCAAGUUUUACAUAAAAGACAAGCGACUGCAGGCCACAAUCGAACGAAGGCGCCAACGCUCCUUGGUCAUGCACAAGUACCUUAGCUCCUUUGAUUCCCUGGAUGACAGCAUUGACGAAGUUCCGUAUGAUUCCCCCCAUUCUAGCCUUCUUGAGGAACUGAAUGAAAAUAGCUUACAUUCCUCCCCGGACAUUCAGCCCCCAACGGGCAGGGCGGCAACUCCAGUCUCUGAAGUUGACCCUAUUCGCUUUGUAGACAAUUGCUUUGCAUUUGAGACCGAAAAGACUGAAACUUCUAUGGUAGAUGAUCUUAGCGUAGAUACUGAUAUUUUAAGUUUUAAUUCCAAAAUGAAAUGUAAUAAUGUGGAUAGUAUAGAUACAUUGAGAUCUCCGUGCAUUGUUAGCACAAAAAACAGAGAUAGGGCGCUGGACUUCCAAAGUAAAACUGAUACCGCGCAUGCCGCUUGUUCUGAUAUAGGCGCUUCAGAUAGGCUUGAAGAUCAUUUAAGGCAUUUAGAAGGAGAUGCCACUGUACGUAGAAAUGUAAUCUUAAGACUAGAUAUGGCCAGCCAAACGUCCUGUGAUAUGGUUGAUGAACAAGAAGUAGAAGCUAACUCUACCAUUGCGUUUAGUUUGAGCGAAAUCACAUACAACUUUAUCAACGAAAUUCUUUUCUCAGAUCAAUUAAGUUCAGAGUCCAUUGAAAGCGAUGAGAGUGAACCCUCCACCGCCUGCGAGACAUUCAAUGCAGAUGGUGACUCUGAACAGGAGUUUGUUAGCCAGAGGCUCUUAGUCCUAGACGAUCAGCGAUCCCCUAAUACUAACACAAGCUCUAACAACAAUGUGCACACCCACCUGCUCCUUCCUCUAACCCAAACUAACAACCCGACAUCGAGAAGUAGACGCACCAAUGGAAAACUAACAAAUGGUUCCCUUCGAUGGUCGGGUAGCUAUCCUAACGAGCUCUCAAAUGGCGGAUCCACGGGUGCCCAGCCAGACGAUGUUGCCGACGACGAUGUUGUACUCUUGCGGCGCUUCGUGCCAGGUUCCAUUGCGGAGCGCGAGGUGAAGAAGUGGUACAACGCCGUUGAGAUGCCAAAUAAUCCGUACUCCCCGGAGGCCCUGAAGCAGCGCAUCAGUGGCACCCAGGAGCGCUACAUGGAUGUGCCCAACAUCAGUCCGAGUGCUGAGCAAAAGGCACUGGCAUCCGCACUGACGGAAAAUCCCGAUCCUCCAGCGCCAAAAACGGAUUACAAACGCUAUAGCCGCGACUACUACAUCAACAAUGCUUCCACAGCCACGGACAGUACGGGUGGUGUAAAGGCCGCUACGUCCAGCGCACUUGAGGAUGUGGAGGACAUCGUGAUCAACGAGGUAAAUCAAGAACCAGAACAACAUCCACCGCAUGGCCGCAUUUCAAGUAGCGCUCAGAGCACCGCUGCCGACCUCUCUCAUUGGACCCUAUCCACGCCAGUGCGCCGCAGUAGUUCACUAAAGUUCAUUAACAGUCGCCCCUUCCACUCCCCCUCCCAUUCAAUGGGGUACGAAAGAUCGGUGCCCCUCGCAAGACCUUCGACCUCGGCCUCCCAUUACCGCGAAUCGAGUCUGGGGUUGGGUGACGACGAAGACUUUGACCUGAGAUCCCAGCUCUCCUGGCGCAGCAGCUACAGUUCCCUGCCCAAGCGACACACACAGUCCUCGAUGAGCCUGCACAGUAAUGGUAGCGGGGUGUCCUUCGGCUCGUCCGUGUCCAAGAGACGUCCAACGGCAGGUGGGCCCGCCGCCGGCGUCCUUACUCAAUUUGAAAAGCAGCUGCUGCACAAGGACCUCAAGCGGAAUAGCUUCCGAGCGGUGUCCGCAACCUCGAAGGACUUUGUCGUGAAUCCGCUCUUCGAGAGCGAUUCGAUUGGCGGGAAGCCGGCCCUGCGGCCGGAGACGGAGGACCAGGGCGACUCGGGGGUGGACAGCUGCCUGAACGGCUUCAGUGGUGCGGACACCAAGUACAGCAACAAUAGUCUGCUAUUCUAGGAACUCUGGGGAUCGUUUGGGUCUUAACCCCAAUGGAUAUUUGCCAAAUUAUGCAUAGCUUAGUCAAACAGACGUUAAACACUAGUCAGUAUAGCAUAUGAUAGAUGAAAUAAGAUGGGCAUCGGAGGGAAUACAAAUUGCAAAAAUACCAUAAUAUUGGAAACCGGGAACAAGGGCAGGCACAGAAUCUCCCGCACUGGAUGGGCAUCCAGUGGAUGACCUUUCUACGGCACCGCUACCUGUUGCACAAACCACGAAUGAGAAUGAGAGGGUCGAGCUACUGUUCUGAUCGUACCUUUAGUUAAUACCACUUACGUAAUGCUAAUGCCCUAGUGUAUGCAACGUUUGUUUUUAAUCAUUAUAUUUGCUGUUAAUUUUAUGAAAUAAUAUGAUAAAUCCUGUACCGUAUCUGUAUGCACACCGCUAACGCUCUUUCUUACGAAACACCACACACAUAUGCCUAGCGAUAUCUAGAAAUCUAUAAUGCAGUAAUUCCGAAUAAAGCCAAACAAUAAACCAACCAACAAACAAA